AUGGUAAACACACAACCUAAAAUCAACUUAUCUGCUUUGCAGAGCGCUCUGCGCCUAGAAGAGGAGAAUUCUAAGCUUAUAGCUGAGGUUACUGAACUUAGAAGGGAGAGGGAAUUGCUCAUUAAGAAAAAUGCUGAACACUUGACUAAGGAAGCGGAGCUUAUGGCUAAAAUCGUGGAAUUAGAACAAUCCGCGGGAAAAAAUGCUGAGAAUGCGAAGUUGAGAGAUGCUGAACUCAAUGCCAGAAUUACGAUCAGCAAAAGAAAACAAAAUUCUGACAUAAAUACAUGUUCGCCUAAGUCUAAACUGUUGGAAAGAUAUAAAGUUCAGGUGACUCCUACGUCCGUAUCAAUAAGCCUCCAGAAGCUUGCUCAUUUAUUUUAUCAGGCAAGUAAUGCAAGGGAAAAUUCGGUCAAUGCAAAACGCAAAGAAAUUUUAUCUUGGGGUCGUUAUUCUGAAAGAUAUGAAGAUAAAAUUAUAGAGCUUAGAACCCAAGAUAACAACCUCACUGAUAAGUUUGCAAGAAAUAGGGUUUAUAAUGAAAUGAAGCCAUACCUUACAGGCUGUGGUGCCAUUCCGAAAGGACCCUCGCUCUGCGAGUCAUCUUCAGAGAUAAAUCCCAAAGUUAGUGUACCACCCGCAUUUCAAAUCUUAACGGAAACUGAGACAAAGUCUCGAAUCUCCGACUCAUCUAUAUCCAUUGAAUCCGCGAAAAAAUUCCAUGACCCAGAAGAAAAACGAGUUCACGUUACUAAAAUGGAAUAUGCCCGGCAUGCAAUAAAGAGCAUAAAAACGAGAAUAUACAAGGCCGGUGGGGGUGAUGGCGAAUAUUUCGGUGAAAAAACCUAUCGACUUGCAUGCUGGCAAUCUUAUCAUAGGGGAGUUCCAAUAGUAACUGUGAAAGAUAAAGUAUCGCACUUCUAA